GCAAUACAUUGCCAUUGAGUACACGUCUAUUCUUAGUCGACUCUUAGUUUGUCAUGGGCGCUGGGGCGUCUUCAUCUACCCCGGGGCUGGAGGCAAUGCCAGAGCCUCAACAAGCCCAACUUCGAGCGACCUUUCAGGUACUCGUGGCGGCGGGCGUGUCGGAGGCGGAUGCGGCCGCGCAAUUGCAUGCCGAGGUCACAACAUCGGCGCUGACAGUUCAGAUAGACCUAACGGAGCUGCCUGCUGCAGUGUCGUCGGCGGUGGAACGAGGAAAAACGCCCCUGGUGGUCGACCCCAGCGGCAAAGCUGCGACGUUCUACAGCUACAGACCGGUGACGGUGAUUGAUGGCAAGGCCAUGGCACUGGACAAGAGCAUGCGCAAGGUACCCGUGCUGGAGGUGCUGGACGGGGCCCGACAGAGGCUCGUGGGGGCGCUCAAGACGGGGGUGCCCGUGGUGAUCGCCAUGGACCAGUGCGUCGUGGACUUCGCCAACACGUUCAACGACGCCGCGCUCGUCGCGUCCGGCACGGUGACGCACGAUCCGUCGAUGCGUUGGUUUCCAGUUGAGUUGCUGUUUCGACGCGCAGGCAAAGCCAUCGUGGGCGACGCGGUGUUGGAGUCACUAUAUCGACAAGCAGACAAAGCCGACACGGCGGGCGUGGUGAGCUGUCGUAACAAGGCCGAGUUUUACGUGGUGCUGCUCACGGCGUUUGAGCCCAAGGACUUUGAAAAGUACCUUUUCGGCAACGACAUGGGGCUGCUACGACCCACGUCCAUGUACGAGUUUAUCGUGGUGAAUCAAGACCACUUUCCAAGCGACAACGAUGAUUGAUAAAACUGUCUAAUAACAACCAACUUGCUUGAUUCAUUCAA